CUUAUAUUUUUAACCCUUCAACAUAAUUGUCCAAUUUUGACGUUCAGUCAACGUGCAUUUGUGUGGAGGGUACUCAGGUAGGCUACACUACUAACUGCUCAUCAUGCCAUUAGAGAGAAGAGAAAGAUCUCGUUCCAGGGACCGUGAAAGAAGGAGAAAAAGGGACAGAAGAUCCAGGUCACGUAGUCCAACCAAACACAAGAGACGUGAUAACAGAAGAUCUGGCAGUCGGGGGAGGAGCCGUUCACCUAGAAAAAGAAGUCGAUCCCCUAGAAGGAGCCGUUCUCCUAGAAAGAGAAGUCGGUCCCCUAGAAGGAGUCGUUCCCCUCGUAAUAAGAGUCGGUCUCCUAGAAGGAGUCGUUCUCCUCGAAAGAGAAGUCGAUCCCCUCGGGAUAGAAGUCAAUCUCCUAGAAGGAGUCGUUCCCCUCAGAGCAGGAGAAGGGAGAGGUCACGGAGUCGAGAGAGGAGGGAAAAGGAGAGAGAAGAGAGUCGCCCGUCGAUAAAGAAAAAGGACGAGGAAGAGAAAGAUGGAGGCACUGGAGAGAAACAGGGAGAAGAAGAAAUGGAGACUAAACCACAAAAAAGACAACCUUUGUCAUUAGAGGAUCUAAUGGCUAAGAGAGAUCAAGAGGCCCAGGCACUACAGAAACCUGUUUUCCUGAGCAAGAAGGAAAGGGAGGAGUUGGCUCUUAAGAAACGUCAAGAGGAGGUUGAGGCCCAGCGUAAGAAAAUGGAAGAAGAAAGACUCAAACGCCAGCAGUACCUCCACAGUCAGGAUAGUUAUCGUUCUCGGGAUAAUCCUGAGGAAAGAGAAAAGAGACAGAAAGAACGAGAGGACUUGCUCAUACAGAAGGACAAGGACAGAGAAAUGGAUACCAUUAAGUCGAGGUACUUAGGUGGGGAAAAGAGGAAGAGGCGAAUGAGACGACUAACCGACCGAAAAUUUGUGUUUGACUGGGACUCAAAUGAAGAUACUUCUAAUGAUUUCAAUCCUUUGUAUAGGAAUAGACACCAGUUGCAGUUUUUUGGGCGUGGUCAUAUUGCCGGGAUUGAUAUUAAAGCACAAAAGAGAGAGCAGUCUAAGUUUUAUUCUAAUUUACUCGAAAGUAGGAGAACUGAUGAAGAGAAGAAACAGGCCGAAGAGAAUGAGUCAAAGAAAAGAGAAAAGGAAGACAAGAUAAAAUGGGACGAGCGACAUUGGACCGAGAAGAAACUGGACGAGAUGACAGACCGCGACUGGAGAAUAUUCAGGGAAGACUACAACAUCACUACGAAAGGUGGGCGUGUACCUCACCCCAUACGCUACUGGUCGGAAGGAGGCCUGCCAGAGAAGAUAACAGACGUGAUCAGAGGUUUAGGGUACAAGGAACCAACUGCUAUACAGCGUCAGGCUAUACCUAUUGGAUUACAGAACAGGGAUAUCAUUGGCAUCGCUGAGACAGGGAGCGGUAAAACAGCUGCCUUUGUUAUACCUUUACUGGUUUGGGUUACCAGUCUACCCAAGAUUGUGAGGGAGGCUGACGUUGAUCAAGGUCCUUAUGCCAUCAUUCUAGCUCCUACUCGUGAAUUGGCUCAACAAAUUGAAGAGGAGACGAUGAAGUUUGCCAAGCCUCUCGACGUCCGUACGGUCUCCCUUGUUGGUGGUCUCUCUCGGGAGGAGCAAGGCUUUCAACUCCGCCUUGGUUGCGAGAUUGUCAUAGCCACUCCUGGUCGUCUCAUUGAUGUCCUUGAGAAUCGCUACCUCGUCUUAUCUCAGUGCACGUAUAUAGUACUUGAUGAGGCAGACAGGAUGAUUGAUAUGGGCUUUGAGCCUGAAGUACAGAAGAUCCUUGCCCACCUACCCGUCUCUAACAUGAAGCCAGACUCUGAUGAUGCUGAGGAUCCCACUAAGAUGCUGGUUGGUAUCAAUUCCUCUCAUCAUCGCUACCGUCAGACUGUUAUGUUUACCGCUACCAUGCCUCCCGCAGUUGAGAGACUAGCUCGCACGUACCUCCGUCGUCCCUGCGUAGUGUACAUUGGAUCAAUAGGUAAGCCUGUUGAUCGGGUUGAACAGGUUGUGUACAUGGUCUCUGAGGUUGAGAAGAGAAAGAAGCUGCAGCAGAUCUUAGCCGGUGGCGAUGUUGAGCCACCUAUCAUAAUAUUUGUCAAUCAAAAGAAAGGAGCUGACGUUCUCUCCAAGUCACUGGAGAAGAUUGGCUACAGGGCAACGACUCUUCACGGUGGACGGAAUCAAGAGCAGAGAGAGUUUGCACUGGCUAGCCUCAAGAAAGGAGAGAAGGACAUUCUCGUGGCAACUGAUGUUGCUGGCAGAGGAAUUGACAUCAGAGAUGUUACAAUGGUACUAAACUAUGACAUGGCUAAGAGUAUCGAGGACUAUACUCAUCGUAUAGGUAGGACUGGCCGAGCUGGUAAAACCGGUUUGGCAAUCACUUUCCUAACUAAAGAUGACUCUGCGGUAUACUAUGAUCUGAAGCAGCUGCUGCUUGAGAGUCCUGUGUCCUCCUGUCCUUCCGAGUUAUUGAAUCAUCCUGAUGCACAGCAUAAACCUGGUACUGUUGUACAGAAGAAACGUAAAGAUGAGACCAUCUAUACUAACUGAAUGAAUAAUCAUGACUUUAUAGCUAUUUUUGAUUGUAAAACGUUUGUCUACUCUGGGUUUUUCACAAA